CUAGCCGUUACGAUGUCUGACGGCCUAACUAGGGAUACUGGUCCGGGGCGCUUUUUCGGGGUCCAUAUUGCCGAAUUUUUCGUUUGGCUUCGUGAAAUUUUCGUAUCGCUUGAUUUUUCAAUCGCUUUUGCGCACCUGUUGUGAUUAACCGAUUAAUAAACCGAUUAAAAACCCGAGCGAUUAAGACAUUUUCUGGAUAAAAUGUCUUAAUCGGAAUCGUAAUCGCUUCUGAAGAUGCUUAGCGCAUCAGCCUGUUACUGUUAAUACUGAUUAAUCGAUAAGCUGCUCAAAUUCGAGGCAGCUUUGUCAGCCAGAAGGAAUAUUGUGCAAGACCACGUCGUGGUUCGUUCUUGGCAGCUUAAUCCAAGUUCCAUUGCGCGCAGUUUGUUGGCUCCUUGCAGGAUUACGAGCUUCCGCGACUUCUCCUCUUCGAGCAUGGAUAGCUGUGGACCUGCGCCCAGUACAGACUGUCGCUCCUUUGCCGCGGGGGAUCUUAUCCUGUCGUGUGAUCCCUUUGUGUGGGCCCUGGAGAGCGGCGAGUACAAACAACGCUGUGCCUACUGUUUGCACCAGGAUGACUCGUUGCUGACGUGUUCCGGGUGUCGUGUGCACCGCUAUUGCAACAAGUCGUGUCAGAAAGCCGACUGGAAAAUGGAACACAAACUGGAGUGCAAAACGCUCGAUGACAUGAAGACGCGGAAAGAAGCAGCGACAGGCAACAGCUCGUCUGUGUAUACGGUGUUAGCCGGCAAGAUGGCCAGCAAAAUCGCGGUGAGUACGACGGUAGAGGUUCCUGGUCAAGGACCGCGUUCAGCACAGGAGUUUAUGGACAUGCUGCCGCGCGAUCCGACGCCGCCGAAACAGGAGCGCCGGUGCUGCGCUUUUCCAGGCUGCAGCUCGCCCGUGGUCCAGGACGCACCAUACAGCGGAAUUAGUGCCUACAACGCGCAGCCCAUGUACCAUACCAUGUCCGGCAGCGUUGAGAUUGGGUUCGCGGUGUACCCGGUGACACCGCGGCAUCACAUGACGCCGGUGUGUUGGGAUGUCAACGUGGUCAUCAACUUCCGCGGACGACGCAUGUUCAUUCACGCUACGGAAGAUAUUCCCGUGUACACCGGGAUGAAAGAUUUGCGAUACAGCGACAUACGUCUGCCGUUUUUCCUGACUAGAGAGCGACGCCGGAAUUGUUUUGAGAAAAUCCACGGAUUCCCGUGUACUUGCCGUAAAUGCACGGAAGAAUAUGAUGCUGAAAUCAAUCCACUGAAGUGUAUGAAUGUCCGCUGCAGCAAUCGGAUCCCCAGCGAUCAGCGUGCUUUGGACCCGUGUUCGGCAUGCGGCACCGUCAACAGUGAACGUCUGAAAGAAUUCCGCCGUUUCCUGCAGCGGCACCAGGCCAUGAUGCCGAACGCCCCCACGGAAUCGCGCACCAUGGCGCUGUGCCUGGAGCUGGACGCGGCCGGCAUUCUGCAGCCGGUUGCUCAUUUCCGUUUUGUCUGCGGGUGGGAAUUGCCGCGCGGAUACUUUGAUGCCAGUCGGUUUGAAGAGGGCUGGAAGAUGACGCAGGAGCUGGUUAACUGUGUGCGCGAGGUUUAUCCGAAGUACGAAGAGUACCGUGCGGUGCUGCUGAUGAAGGCCACACGAUAUGCCGCUGGAGCGCUUCAUGAACAUGUGUUGGCUCAGGCGGGGAAGAUGUCGACGGCGGAGAAGAAACGAUGGAAGACCAUGUCCACCUUGGCAUCGGCGGUGAUGUUCGGCUACUGUCGCGAGGCCAUUCAUAUUCUGCGGGUGCUGAACGGAGAGGAAUCGCGCGACGCCAGAAUCGCCGCAGCAUUCUAUCAAGGCGUCCAGAGCACGGCUCUGCAUAACCGAGAAGUACUGACCAGCCGAAAGUGAUUUGUUCCAGGCCGUGGUGGCAUUCUCGUACGGCAAGGUUACUUUGUUUCGACGUGUAUGUGAACCGGCCGAGGAUAAGGGUUUGCUUCCCUGGAUGUUCUUUAAAGUGGCAAGCCAGAAUUUGUUACAUUUAUAACCCUUGAGUUUUUAUACCGGAUACCCGGGUAACUGGGUCAAAUGAAAUCUGUUGUGUCAUAUGCUAUGGUAGCAGUGAAUCUGUUAUAGUAUAUUACUCGUGUCAUUUUGACUGUACAUGUAAAAUCUUUCAUUUUUCUUUCUUUUCUUCUGUCACCUAUAAAUUUUUAAUUAGGUAA